UAUAAUUCUCUUUGAACUAAACCUUUCUAGUAUAUCUGACAAAUAUAAAAUGUAUAAAAAAAUUAACUCUAUACACACUCCAUAUAUAUUAUAAUUCUCUUUGAUACACACGUUAAAUUGUUCAAUCAAACAUAAAAAAGCGAUUUUAUUCCACCAAAAUACGACCAAAAAUGAAAAAGGGAAAGAAUAGAUCCAAUAUCUCGCUUCCCUCAAUUCGUUCGGAAGUUCAAGUCGGAGAGGAUACAAAUUCAGCUCCACUUGAUCUUUUUACUAUUAAAGUAUUAAAUCUAAAUUUAUCUGAGGAAGAAACAAAGCGUUUCGCUAUAAAAGUCACAUUUUUCGAUCAAAUGCUUCUGACAGGAAUCAUUAAAUCUACUGCAGGUAGGAAUGUUAUUAAUGAAGAAAUAUUAGCCAGGGGAUCAAUGACCUACGAUCCUUCGGAUUAUGAAAGAAUGUGUCAAUUUGCGGAUUAUCCUCUGAUAGUAAAUAUUCAUCCGAUAUCAAGCGUCGAAUCUAAUAUAUCCCACAGUAACUCACUUAAUCAAAUUACAAGCCAUAUAAACGCAAACGAAUCGGAAUCAACCGAGAAAAAAAAGAACAAUAAUAUAAGAUGCUGCAAUAUUGAUAUUUUGACUUUAUUCUUAGAUAAAAAUAAAAUAUGUUUAAAAAAGCGAAUGCAGCCUGUGUUCGAUAUACCUCUGCUACAACGCAAAAGUUGGGACAAUCUCCCACUACUUACAAUGGAAUUAUCAAUCACAAAAAACAAGUUAAACUCUCAUCAUUACAGAAUUCUAAAAGAAGCUAAUUAUUUCAAAAUAACUCUUGCAGCAUCGUAUAAUAUGAUUUUUCCUCACGACGAUGAUUGUAUUUAUACAGCUUCAUCAAAAACUCCUUGUAAUAAUGAAACUAAUACUCACAAUGUUUUAUUCAGUCACGGUCACCGUGCCUCUAGAAGAUUCGAUUGUACCAAUUUUCAACCUGAAUGGGAAAACAUUCGGCUUGAAGAUGAAACCUAUGCAAAAGGAGCUGAUAAAUAUGUUUGCACUAUCGACGAUAUACAAAACGAAGAUAAUAUCGAUAUAAAAUACUACUUAAAAAAAGAACCAUCUAAUUAUACUACGGUCUGGGGUUCGUUUCAUCGUACUCUAAUGUUAGGUGAUUCAGAUCAGCGGCUUUGGGAACAUCUCCGGCAGUAUCACUGGCCACUUGAAAUUCAAAUCGUGGCGGGUGAUCGGUCCAGCUAUAAGUUUAUGGCCUUUCUGAAUCUUACUCAUUUACUAUACCCUGGAGAAAACCUAGUGAAGUUAGCAGUACCAUUACAAUGGGCGAAUGCAGAACAAAUGCUAGCAAAGUGCGGUUGUGAACUGAUGCUUACUGUCAACGAUAAAGCACCUUCCACGCCUGGAGCCACUCAGAAACCGAGCAAGAUGACAACUGAGUCUAUCCCAGCAAGCACGAGCAAUGACGUAAGCCUAAUGCGACCUACCGGCGCUGAUGAAAGCAACGCCUUUGUUAUCCUAGAAGUGAAAUUCGCACGACCCUUAAAGAAAAUUAUUAUACCGCCACAUAUAAAUAAAAAUGAAAUUGAUGAGAUGUUAAUAGAAAUGGAGCAAGGCCCCAGUAAACGCGAAUGCACUGGCCGUGGCCAACUAGAUAGAGACUGGCAGUCGACUGUGAGAUGUGCCGCAAAUUCUUUACGUCGAGUACCUUAUUAUGGGACAACAGAGUUCUGCACGUUCAAUCGGCAGUUAAGUGAAACAAGAACUCAUGUAGAGCUCUCUACAUCUUGUUGGCAAAAUGCCGCGAUUUACGUUAACAAUAACUUCAUUGUGCAAGAAUACGUUGGACGUGACGAGGCAUUUGAAGAAAUGCUAAUGAUGGCACACGCUUGUUUAAUGCGCACUGCAUGCGAUACUUUGGUCGGGGUCGAGAAUUCUCAAAAUGUAGACCCAACACUAAGGGCCGCUCGACACGCGCGACAAAUGCAGGAUACGGCACAUGCUGUUGAACUAUACCUACAGUUAGUUGUACAAAGACCCAGGGACUCGGACUGCUGGCGGGAACUCGGGACAUGCUUGAUUGCGGUGGAUAAAGAUUGGGCCCAAGUUUGUUUAAAUAAAUCCUGUGUGUUGGACCCGCGGAGUCCUGCUACCCUUCUAUCCAAAGCUGGUAUGUUGUUUAAAGAAGAUCCAGUCGCUGCAGAGCCAUUCUUCGUAGCUCUCCUGGCACUCCAUCCAUUUUGGACGACAGCGUGGGUGGCGGCGAGUGCUUACUACUAUGAGAGAGAACUCUUUCAUCUAUCAGACAAAAUAAUGGAGAAUACAAAAAGAGGUUUCUUGGGACCUGAGGAUCCAGGACAUCCUAGGUCAUGGGACCGUGAGCUCGGUGAUUGGUGGGAUCAUACGCCAAUUUUGCCAGGCAUGAGCCAGUAUUACGACGCUGCUGACCUUCUCCUUAGACUCAGAGCCGUUGAAUUGGCAGAAGUGUGUGUUGCUCGAGCAUUAUCAGAAGCAGGAGAAUCAGCUGCGUACUUCCAUCUAGUAGCAUUGUGUUGUCGUUUGAAAGGCAACCUUGCCGAUGCUUUAUGUCAUCUUAAAUUAGGCCUUGAAAAGUACGGAGAAAUCAGUUACUUAAGGAGCCUCGAAGCCGAAUGUUACAUGAAACAAGGUGACACAUCGGCAGCCAUGGGCUCCUUUGCUAAAGCUGGAGGAUGUGUAGGUGCUUACAGCAUACUCCUUUCAAUGCCGAGCCGGGACCCGCAGCGCUCUAGAUCGGUUCUUGUCGAUUUGGUGAGACGACAGCCAAGCGCCUACGCGUGGAUCGCACUCGCUGACGAUUGGAUGAUGAAAGCCGCGGUGGGUGAAGGUGGAGACGCCGGUGGCACGGAGGAGCAGGUCGCCGCCAAAACGUAUGCGGCGGCGUGUGCCAUCCAAGCAUUGAAAUGGGACAGACGAGCCGGCCGAGCCUGGGCCCUACUAGCCACACUCGUCAACCCAAGCGCAAGGCGUCUGCACUGCACCAAUAUGGCUGUUUCUUGUGGCUACAGUAUGUCGGAGGAAAAAGAAGUGGAAAAUUCUUACCGACAGUCAUUUUGCCAUCGACUCGGUAGCGCCCUGAGAGAAUGCCGUUGUAAAUGGUGUCAAAACCUAAAACUUUGAUGUUUUCAUUGAAUUACUGAUGGCAGGUGCCAUAAGUCAUUUUAAUAAAGGAUUUCUGUAAUUUACUGAUUUCUGCCUUUUAGAGGAUUAUUAAAAAUAAUGCAUUGAUAAAAAAUAAAAAUAAAAUCAUAACAAAA